AUGUUUGGGCCUACCGAAAGAAAUGAGGCACAUACGGUUUUUUACAAUACGUUAUAUAUUUUUCGUGAUGAUCCGAUGACCUCGCAGGAGAUUCACAAAGUCGUUAGAAAUCUCUUACUUAAGAAAAAGGUCGAUGGGAAAAAAGGUCGCAAACCUUUAGUCGAUACUUCUAAUCUACAAGAAGAGGUGGUAAAGAAGCCGGUCCCUUCAAAAUCAGAUUCGUUAGUUCUUUCCGCCCCUAUUGCUAAAAAACGAAGUAUUAGCAAAGUCCUAUAUGUUUCUGCAGAUAUCCCAUUGCGGGAUGAUAGUUCUAUAGAUAUUUUGGAGAUUUUAAAGACUGCAGUACGUGAUUUCGACCAAGUUCCAAGAGAAAGUACAUACGAUGCUGAGAUGUACCGGGUCCUAGUAAAUUGGUUAAGAAAGGUUCAUGGGUACGAAAUCACUGGCCAGUGGCAUCUCGAACAAGUUUGUGAUGACGGGGACUACCAUCAUCUUUAUUGCGACCUAACUAUAAAGAAGCCUGAAAGUCCUCAUCUGGAAGCUCUUCUUGAACUCUUGGCAACGGCAUCAAUUUCGAAAUUGGAUGGACAUUUUGAGCAAGUGUUUAAGUACGAAGAGCAACUCCAACCUCGAGAAAUUUGGAUCGUACACUUCUCCCGUGAAGAUUACAUUGUAUCCAAUCCAUAUUGGCCAUGCGGGAAGCUUCAGGAAAAGGGGUUAAAUGUCGUCCAUUUCUGGCAUGAUAGGGAGUUUAAAAAUGUGAGGAUGAGUGCUAGAUUUCGCGAUGUCACUGGCAAGUUCCGUGAAAUUAUAGAUGAGCCUAUUCUUUAG